UCGUGCACAUGAUCAGACACGGUGUACGUGUCUGAGCAGCCAGAUUCUCGCCCACUUGGAGAGAAAGCAGACUUCCAGUGAUGGAGUUCAGAGAGCUGGGCGCAGACGAGAGCUCCGAGGGAGAAACGGAGCAUUUGGACAGCGUGAAAGCAUUGACAGAGAAACUCAAACUUCAAACGCGCAGACCGUCGUACUUGGAAUGGAAGGAGCGACUGCAGACUCGCCCGUGGACUGAUGCCACACACAGUUCAAGUGUCAGCUCAGGAUCUGUGGAGAAGGAUACCAGUCUAGCCGACAUUUGGAAAGAUGGAAUGCCUUAUAAGAACAUUUGCGGCUUUGAUACUAUAGACGACGCUUUAGAGUGGCUCAGAAGAGAACUGAGAGAGAUGCAGAUGCAGGAUAACCAUCUUGCACGACAGUUGAUUCGCUUGCGGGGGGAGAUCCACAGGCUGAAGGUGGAGCAGGUGUGUCAUCGGCACAAGGAGAUGCUGGAUGAUGCCACAUUUGAGCUGGAGGAGUGCGAGGAGGACUCUGACCUGCUGUGUGACAUCCCCAUGAAAGCCACCUUCACUCUGUCCACCCCUCUUAAACAUCUGGGUCUCACCAAGAUGAACCUCAACUCCAGACGAUUCUCACUGUGUUGAGAGGUGGGGAGAGGAGAGAUGCCUCCAUGUAACCAGAGUACUCACUUCAGAACUUUUUUGGAUGUUCCUAAUAGGGGUGUAAAUUGGACGUUUCAUCACGAUACGAUCUUAUGUAGAUUCUCUUGGCCUGUGAUCCAUAUUUACCAAUACUUCAAAGUCUGCUGUGAUACAGUUUCGAUUUGAUUCGAUUCAGGGCCCUGCGAUCGAUAUUCCGAUAUUAUGGGCCUAUUUUACACAAUCAAUUUUUUUUUUUUUUUUUUGCCCUCAAAUGCAACCAACAUAUAAUUUGAAUAUUUAUUGAGCUCUCUGAAAAGUGCAAAUUUAGUAUCCACAUUGGGACAUCCACAACAAAAUAAGGUAGGCUACUUCAGAUGUUGAAAAAAAUUAUACAGAUAAUAAUAUAAAAAAUAACGUCACACACAAGUGAUCAUCAAUUGUUUGAUUACAGCUUAUUUUUUAGUUUAAUCCAAUUACGUACGGACGUAGCUGACAUGAGAGUAUUAAAAUAAAGGUACCUCUUAAAACAAAUUCUAUAUUCUGAUAUUUACGCGAUGUAUCGAUAACACUGGAUCAUUGGUUAUUGGAUUGAUGCAUCGAUCCAGAUCGAUGAAUCGUUACACCCCUAUUUCCUAGCACUGGAAACCAAAAUGUUAGUUCAAUGUGCAUUAAGGUUGGACUCCAAUAAUAAUAAUAAAAAAAUGCUUACGUUUUUUUACAUCACUUUCUAUUCUUGAAUUUUGUUUGCCUUGACUAGAGUUUGCCAUUGUGCCGCACAAUGUUAGGAGAUCUAGGUUGGUAUUAACACCAACCUAGAUCUCUUAUACCGCAAUUCAACCUGCACUUCACUGACGACUCUUCUCUACUCAGGAAAAUUGACUCACCACUGGUCUGAUGUCAUGACAUUGAGAGCAGAGUUAAGAAAGAGUUUUUUUAUGAACACUUAAAAAUAUCUGGACUCAUCUGAGAAUCAGGAGGAUCCUGCUUCGGUGUCAAAAGGCGUGUAAUUGGCACACAUUCCCAUCAGUGUUCCUGGCUGCUCAGGGGAGGAAUGACUCUACCGUCAGUUUGGCUGCUGUCCUGAACAGCAACCUCACAGGAAGUGUGAGUUUGUGUUCAGGCAUUCUGUCAACUUAUCUAUUAAACCCAAAUAUAACCACACUGGAGGGCUCAGAGCUACAACAAGUGAGAAGCUAAUGUCAGCCUCUGUUCUAUUCAGCCUAAUGUCAACAGAAGUGUAUGAUCUAGAAGAAGUUGCAGUUUAAAUGUGAGGGUUCAUUUUUGGGUUGACAUCUGCGAUCCAUGCUGGUAACUUCAAUUUACAUAGUGAGGUGAGGUCAAUAGAUUUAAAUAAGUAUUUAUAGAGUUCAAUGUACAGUACUUGCACAGAACCUAAUGGAGUUCAGUUUACUUCUUUAGGAGCACUGGGAAUUAAAACAAUUUGGGAGCUUUGUGCAUAGUUUUUUUUCCCCCUCCCCUUUUCUCCCCAAUUUGGAAUGCCCAAUUCCCAAUGCGCUCUAAGUCCUCAUGAUGGCAUAGUGACUCAAUCCAGGUGGCAGAGGACGAAUCUCAGUUGCCUCCACGUCUGAGACAGUCAGUCCCACAUCUUUUCACAUGACUUGUUGAGCACGUUACUGCGGAGACCUAGCGUGUGGAGGCUCACGCUAUUCUCUGUGGCAUCCACGCACAACUCACCACGUGCCCCACUGAGAGUGAGAACCAGAUUAUUGACCAUGAGGAGGUUAACCCAAUGUGACUCUACCCACCCUAGCAACCGGGCCAAUUGGUUGCUUAGGGAGCCUGACUGGAGUCACUCAGCACACCCUGGAUUCGAACUUGUGACUCCAGGUGUAGUAGUCAGCGUCUUUACUUGCUGAGCUACCAAGGCCCCCCAGCUUUGUGCAUAGUUAAGGGUUUGUGUCAAAAACUCCAAGACAGAUAUCAAAGUUUCUUAAAAGGACAUUCAUAACUUGAUAAAGUUUUACCUUGACACUGAAUAUGCUUUAAGAAAAGUUUUUUUUUUUUUAUCAUGCUACAUAAAAUAAUAUUUUCUACAUUACAGUGUAAUGCAAUGUGGCAAAUAUAUAACAGCCAUUCUGCCUUAAAUCAUUGUGUUACUGUAAGUGAAACCAAACACAAUGACUUACUUUUCCUGCACAGGGCUAAACAAAACACUACUGUAAAUAAACCAUGUAUGCUUUACAGCUAAGUGAAGAGAUGAGUGUUUUUGUAAUCUAACAGAAAGGAGAACACUACUCAUUCACUCUUACUCUCUGGCUACAAUAAAUGAAAAUGUAUGAACCUUAUAAACUCCAUUGUUGCCUUAUAUUUGCAAAUUAAAUUUGUAUUUGUAAAUAAAUGGCAUUAAUGGACUCAUUUUGGUCUUUAUCGAGAUUCCUUCACAGUAUUGUGUUUAACACUCUUCUAUAGAACAUUGUGUGUGUGUGUCUGUGUGUAAGAGAUUAUCAAAAUUGUUUAGACCAGCAAUACACAACAGCUCUUAUCAUGCUUUGUUCAGAUUUAUCCUUCUUGUACAGCCAGACAUGAAUAAACCCACAAGCUGAGUUGGGAGGGUUACUUUUGAAAUGUAUUCCACUACAGAUUACAGAAUUGUAUUCCGUUAGAUUACUCAAGGUCAGUAACGUAUUCUAAAUACUUUGAAAUACUUCUUCAGCACUGGUAGAUUUUUUCACUUGUUUUGACCAUAAAAACUCUGCCAGUACAGUAAGACAAAAUACACAUGUUAAAAAUACUUUCUCUGAAAAACCUAAAUAUCUUAUGCAGUGUUGUUUUUAAAACAAGAUAAAACAAACUGAUCUUGUUUUAAGGAUUUUUAGGAAAACAAUACAAAAAUUAGUAUCAAGAAUACAAUUUUUGCUCUAAUAUCAAAGGUCUUACUAGAAAAAAGAAAUUAUGAUCCAACGUGAAUUUUCUUGAUAAAAAAUAUGAUCGUGCCUGGUAACAUGCAUGUAAAAUGGCUAGAAAUAGCAUUUUAGCUUAGCGUAAAGCUGACAAUUUACACAAGGUUUAUUUAUAUUUCUUCUGCUCCAAACUUACUUCAAACUUACUUCUCUGUCUGCUCGUAUGAAUGUAACACAUCAUAA